AUGCAUUAUGCAACACUUCAAAAAUUUUAUUAUCCUAAGAAUUUGAUAAACGAAUAUAAACCACAGACAGUGCUAAAGGUUGUAGAAGAUAAUAAAAAAUUCAUUUAUAAAAAAGAAAAUGUAAAAGAAAAAAAUAAGAAGAAUGAAAUACAUAAUGAAACAAAAAUAAAAAAAAAUAUAUAUAAAAACCAAAACAAUUCACUUUAUAAUAAAGAUGUAGAAGAAAAUAAAUACAAGGCUGAUAAAAUAUAUAAAAAUAAAUCAGAUUUACAUAUAUAUAACGAAAAAGAUAAUUUUGAAUAUAUAAAUAAAAAAAAAGAAAAAUGUAAUUGUGAAAUGAUAUGUUUAAAAAAAAAUGAACAAAAUUAUUAUAAUAAUUUUUUUAAUUCAAAAAAAUAUAUACCAACAUUAAAAGCUAAUAAAAAUGAAUUAAAAUAUUUUUUUCAUAUUAUAAAAAAUAUGAUGAAAAAAAAUAUUCAUAAUAAUGAUAAUAUAUAUAUUCUUCUAAUGAAUUUUUUAUGUAAAAAUUUUCCAUCAUAUAUAGGUCUGUUUGCUCAUUUGUGGUUUGAAUGUAAAAUAUUAUUAGCUGAGAAAUUAAUAAUUGUAGAAUUCUUCAGACAACUUAAAAUUAAUUCAGAAAUUAUUUAUCAUUUUUUUAAUAGUGGAUAUGAUUCUUUUGAAACAUUAUUAUCUAUUACACCACAUGAUUUAAUAAAGAUACAAAAUUUUAAUAAUGUCAUAUGGAUACCUGGACAUUCUUUUCGUCUCAAAAUGAUUUUCUCAAAUAUUAAACAUUAUUUUAAAAUAUUCAUACAACAAAAUGAUGAUUAUAUUAAAAAAAUUAAAAAUUAUAUUAUUCAAAAAAGAAACAAAAAAACCAAAGAUAUCAAAAACUCAAAAUAUAUACAACAUUAUAAUAAAAACAACAAAAAUGAUAUUAACCAUUUAAAUUUGCCUAUACAUAAAUAUUUAUCUAUGCAACAAUUACAUGAUAUAAAUAUUAUGCAUACAAAUAAAAUGGAUGUUCUAUCAUCUAAUGUGAAGCAUUUAAAAUUUAAACCUCAAAAUAUUUUUGAGCAAAAUGAAUCAUUAAUUACAAAUUAUCACUGUUUUGCAGAGCCUUUACUGAAAACAAUAAAUAAUUUUUUUUCAACAACAUGUUAA